AUGUGUGCCUCAUUUCACCCCAAAGAAGACCUUGUUGUUUCUGCCUCUUUGGAUCAGACUGUGCGUGUUUGGGAUAUUGGUGCUUUGAGAAAGAAAACAGUAUCCCCUGCUGAUGACAUUCUGCGAUUGCCUCAAAUGAACACAGACUUCUUUGGUGGGGUUGAUGCUGUUGUUAAGUAUGUACUGGAAGGCCAUGAUAGAGGUGUUAACUGGGCUUCUUUCCAUCCAACUCUCCCUUUGAUUGUUUCUGGAGCAGAUGACCGACAAGUUAAAAUCUGGCGCAUGAAUGAUACGAAGGCUUGGGAGGUGGACACUCUGAGAGGCCACAUGAACAACGUGUCGUGUGUUCUGUUCCAUGCGAGACAGGACAUAAUUGUCUCAAACUCGGAAGACAAGAGCAUCCGUGUCUGGGAUGCCACAAAAAGAACCGGUCUCCAAACUUUCCGUAGGGAGCACGACAGGUUCUGGAUCCUUGCAGCUCAUCCUGAAAUGAAUAUUCUUGCUGCCGGUCAUGAUAGUGGCAUGAUUGUUUUCAAGCUGGAGAGAGAGCGCCCUGCCUUUUAUGUUAGUGGCGAUUCCCUCUUCUAUGUCAAGGAUAGGUUCCUCCGUGCAUUUGAGUAUUCUUCCCAGAAAGACAUUCAGCUUAUACCCAUCCGUCGUCCUGGUUCUAAUAGCUUGAAUCAAGGGCCACGAUCUCUCUCCUACAGUCCUACAGAGAAUGCGGUCUUGAUAUGCUCGGACACUGAUGGGGGAACUUAUGAGCUCUACAUAAUCCCCAAAGAUAGUUAUGGCAGAGGCGACACGGUUCAGGAUGCAAGAAGAGGCAUUGGGACCUCAGCAGUGUUUAUUGCUCGAAACAGGUUUGCCGUGCUAGAGAAGAGCACCAACAAUGUACUGGUCAAGAACCUGAAAAAUGAAAUAGUGAAAAAGAGUCCUCUUCCUAACGGUACCGAUGCCAUAUUCUACGCGGGCACUGGGAACCUGCUGUGCAGGUCCGAGGACAGGGUUGUCAUCUUUGAUCUCCAGCAGAGGAUUGUCCUCGGGGAGCUGCAGACAUCUUUUGUUCGGUAUGUGGUAUGGUCCCACGAUAUGGAGAGUGUUGCCUUGCUGAGCAAACACUCGAUUAUCAUUGCUGAUAAGAAACUGGCCCACCGUUGCACCCUUCACGAGACUAUCCGUGUCAAAAGCGGAGGCUGGCAUGAUAAUGGCGUCUUCAUUUACACAACCCUCACUCACAUCAAGUAUUGCCUUCCCAAUGGAGACAGUGGGAUUAUCAAGACACUGGAUGUUCCAGUGUACAUAACCAAGAUAUACGGAAGCACAAUCUUUUGUUUGGACCGAGAUGGGAAGAACCGUCCCAUCAUCAUCGACCCCACUGAAUAUGUCUUCAAGCUAUCCUUAUUGAAGAAGAGGUAUGAUCAGGUCAUGAGCAUGAUAAAAAACUCAGAGCUCUGCGGCCAGGCUAUGAUUGCUUACCUUCAGCAGAAGGGCUUCCCACAGUUCCCAAGGUCGGUGAGCUCUUUGAGUAGCCUCCCUCGGGCUACUACUUCUUUUUCCUUGGCCAAAUUCAGUUCGGACUAA